AUGCGCUCCGACAGAAAGCUCGUCGGCCCACGCCGAGACGAUCGCAUGGCUCUCCACUGCACCUGGUCCGGCAAGCGGAUCCGUCCCGACCGGGCGGCGGCGCAGAGGCGGCGCGCCGUCCAGAAGCUCACGUGGAAGAACUCCCACUGGCUCCAGAGCUUUCCCGUGGACGAGAAUGAAGCCAACCCGGGUCUCGCCAUACGCCGCGUCUUGCUCUUGUGCGAGAGGGCUCAAUUUCAAGAAGCGGCCGCUUUCGUGGAACGACUGGAACCGGGGCCCUUCGGCGCUCUUCUGGCCCAACUGCCGGUGGAAGUGUUUCUGGAAGGACUGCCGGAGUCCUUCCCGGUACUGGAGGCGCUCCUCACCAAGGGCUUUCUCACGGGCUCGUUGAGUCUGCUGAAACCCCAAGCUGUGGUCUUUCAAAUAGUGCGGCUCAUGGCACGAGACGACGACCAGGACGACAGGAGGAGCCCGGACGGUGGGUCCAGGCCUCCUCUCCCAGAGGCGGCGAUGGCCACGUGCAAGAAUCUGCUCAAGGUGAUCGUGGCCGCAGACCCUCGGGCGCGAAACCAGCUCCGCUGCCGCAAGGAAGCCCUCCAAAGAGCCCUGGACGGCCUCGGCCAGCACGGCCUGGUGGCCGGCGGUGCCGACGGGGGCCUCGUUAGCCUGCACGACGCCCUUCGUACCCAACUCGACUAUCUGGCCCACCAAUACAAGGUAGCCGUGCAGACUCUGGACGAACUGGCGCUUGCUCGUGGUGCCCCACCGGCGUCUUUGUGCCACGGACCGGCCCCGACGGGGGCUAGCCACCAGCGACAGCUCAGUGUGGCCCAGCUGGAGAUCCAGGAGAGGCUAAUCAAGAACAAGACCCUACUGAACGCCCUCGAGCCAGCCUUAGCGGGACAUGCACCUCUGGACGCGAUCCUGGCACGAUUGCGAAGCAGGAUUCAGCUCGACAAGGAUGUCCUCUUUCAGUUCACGCAGCUACGCAAGGAAGCGAAGGACGUUAGCCCCGGCGCCGUGGUGGCUCCGGUGUUGGUGCGCUUCACGCACGGCUGUCAACUGGUGCUGGACCUGAUGAGGACCCAGCAUGAAGAGGAAGGAGACUCUUCGGCGGGGUACCACUCGGACUCAACGGAAUCGGCACCGCAAAGCGAGGGACCCUCGGCAUGUCGGGGCCGUUGCGAGGUGGAACGGCUGCGCAGUCAACUGUCUCGAGCCCGGCAGAAUGUGGCCCUGCUCGAAGAACGUGAACGAGGACUUCGCGAGAGAUUGGCUGUCCAGGCACAGCGGAUGCUGGAGCGUGGGGUCCACUUCGAGAAACUCAGUCUCGGAGAACGUCGCCCCACGGCUCUCAUUCGACGGUACGGAAGCCUCUACGCCCAGGCUCGAGUGGACACUCUGGACGCCUUGGACACGUUGCCACAACUGCGCGACGCCGACGAACUCAAGUCCAAGCUGCUGUUCUCCGUGGUCGUCUUGGCAUUCCGGGCGGCACAAUCAGCCCUAGCCGGCGUACAAUGCCAAGUCCGCAAAGUCCUACAGGUGUCCGGGGAGGACGCCAGCGCCCAGAACUUAGAAGCCAGUGUUGCAGAGUACCUCAGGGCAGCUGCAGAUCGCUUUGACGUCACGCCCAGCGUUGAGGAAGUGUGCACCCAGAUCUGGGCCACACUCUACGAUUACCCGUGCCUAAAGACCUGCUCGGGACUUGAGCAGUACGUCAAGGACUGCGUGCGCCUCGCCUGGGCCCUAAGUGCCCAGGAACCUCCAUUUGGCAUCGAGUACGAGACGCGAGUCUUCAGAAGAGACCUCCACGUCAGGUUCCACACGUCCGACCAGAGCUGCGAUCGCAUCCGCACCUACCUGUGGCCAGCCCUGCUGGAAGGACCGUCGGGUCCUUGCGUUCACAAGGGCGUCGUUGUCACCUGAUCCCUUUCUGCCAUAUAUUUCUAUUUAUUGACAAUCAGUGCCAUAUAUGAAAUGACACCAA